AUGGAUCUCCGCAAGAAGAAGAGAAAGGUUCUCCUGAUGGGAAAGAGUGGCUCGGGAAAGUCUUCUAUGCGAUCCAUUAUCUUCAGCAACUACGUGGCCAAGGAUGUCCGACGCCUGGGUGCCACCAUUGAUGUCGAGCAUAGUCAUGUCAAGUUCAUGGGGAACCUCACGCUCAACCUUUGGGAUUGCGGAGGACAGGAUGCCUUCAUGGAGACCUACCUCGCUUCCCAACGAGGCAACAUCUUCUCCGACGUUGCCGUCCUCAUCUACGUCUUCGACAUUGAGUCCCGCGAGGUCGAGCGCGACCUCGACACCUACAACGCCAUCAUCAAUGCCUUGAAGGAGUACAGCCCCGGCGCUCACGUCUUCUGCCUCGUCCACAAGCUCGACCUUAUUCAGGCCGAGCACCGGCAACGGAUCUACGACGAACGCUCCGCCAUGAUCCGCAGCCGGUCGGAGCACUUCUCCAUCGACACCUUCGGCAGCAGCAUCUGGGACCAGUCCCUCUACAAGGCCUGGGCCGGCAUCGUCCACAAGCUCAUCCCCAACCUGACGGUCAUCGAGCGGUUCCUCCACGCAUUCGCCAAACGCGUGGAUGCCGAGGAGGUCAUCCUCUUCGAGCGCUCCACCUUCCUCACCGUCACGUCCGUGUCGUCCGAGAUCGGCGACAUGAACCCGAUCUACGACCGCCACGAGCGCCUCUCCAACAUCAUGAAGGCCUUCAAGCACUGCGCCGCCCGCAACACCCACACCACGCCCGCGUCCGCGGGGUUCGUUGUCAUGCACACCAAGACCCCGCAGUUCAACGUCUUCCUCGGCCGGUUCACGGACAACACGUAUAUCUUCUUGGUGGUGCCCCCCGGCGAAGCGGCCUACAACUGCGCCGUGCUCAACACCAUGCUCGCCCGCGAGGGCUUCUCCAAAGCGGCGGCCACCGGCCACGGCGAUGGAUUCCCGCUCCCUACUGUCGAAUCGCCCGACGGGACCAACGGGGCGCAUGAUUGA